AUGUCCACUCACCCAAACACCCGAACCCAAAACCUCGUCAACUGGGCCAGUGCCCUGCAAUACACCGACCUCCCCGCCCCCGUAAUCGCCCGCACAAAAGACUUCUUCGCUGACACGCUCGCCUGCGCCGUCGCGGGGCGCGAGCACAUCGCCGUGCAGUCAAUGCUGCACUACGCGAAGCAAAUGGGCCCGACGACCGGAAAAUGCGAGCUGAUCGGGUUUCCCGAUGUCAAGACGAGUCCCGCAUUCGCAGCGCUGGUGAAUGGCGGCGCGGCGCAUGUUGUCGAGCAGGAUGAUUUGCAUAAUCGGAGUAUGAUGCAUCCGGCAACGAUCAUCUACCCAACGGCCCUAGCCGUAUCCCAGGACGUCGGCGCGUCAGGGCAAGAAUUCAUAACGGCGUGCGUGGUCGGAUACGAAUUCGCCUGCCGGGCGGGGGAGUAUCUCGGCAAAGCGCAUUACGAGAAAUUCCACACAACAGCCACAACCGGCAUCCUCGGCGCAGCCGCAACAACAGCCCACCUGCUCAAACUCCGCCCGUCCCAAUUCCUCUCAGCCAUCGGAACAGCGGGUACACAGGCCGCCGGGCUGUGGCAGUUCUUGUUGGACGCGACGCACUCAAAGCAAGUGCAUACCGCGCAGGCUUGUGCGGGGGGUGUAUUCUCGGCCUACACGGCGGCAAGCGGACUCCUAGGGACGGGGGAUAUCCUGGAGGGGGAGCGGGGGAUGGGCGCUACGCUGGGGAAUCUAGUUACCACCCCUGAAGCGAUUGAUCGCGAUCUCGGAAGGAAGUGGUCGAUUCUGGAAAGCAGCUUUAAAUGGCACGCGAGCUGUCGACACACGCACCCCUCCGCCGACGCGCUGAUUGCGCUGAUGGCUGAUGAGAAGGUACAUUACGCCGAUAUCGAGAGCGUCACGGCGUACACGUAUAAAGCGGCGCUUGAUGUGCUGGGACUCAGCGGGGAAGGGAAAACGGUGCACCAGAGUAAAUUCAGCAUGGGGUUUGUGCUGGCUGUUGCGGCGAAGAGGGGGAGUGCGGGGCUGACGGAUUUUACGGAGGAGGCGCUUGCUGAUACUGAGUUGAGGGAGUUGCAGGGGAGAGUGAGCAUGGUGCUUGAUGAGGAGAUUGAUGCUGCGUUUCCGGAGAAGUGGCUUGGGCGGGUGGAGGUGAGGACGAAGGAUGGGAGGGUUUUGAGUAGGACGGUGCAUGUUGUGAAGGGGGAUCCAGGGUGGACUUUGACGAGGGAGGAGAUUGAGAGCAAGGCUCUUGCGUUGGCUGAAUAUGGGCAUGUUAAGGAUAUGAAUGCGUUCAAGGAUGCGAUCCAGCGGAUCUGGCGGCUGGAGGAGCAGGAUAAGAUUGAGAAGUUCUCCUUCGCCUAA